AAAUGAGUAACAAGAUGGAGGGUACGUCAGGACCCGGUGUCCGGGUGAACGGACCAGUGGUGCCGCCCAGCAGCUCGGCAAGCUCCUCCAUGGGAGCGCCUCUGUCGCCACAGGAGCUGCAGGAAGAGCAGCAGUCGUCGCUGGUGGACGUCUCCCAAAUGUGGAUUAAGUUUGCCAAGACCUUUGCCAUCAUCUUGCCCAUCUACGUCCUGGGAUACUUUGAGUUCAGUUUUAGCUGGGUCCUGGUGGGACUUGCUGCGCUCUUCUACUGGAGGAGGAACCACGGCAACAAGGACUACAGGAUAAACCGAGCCAUCGAGUUCCUGGAGCACGAGGACAAGGCGGUGAAGCAGAAUAUGGCAACGACGGAGCUGCCACCAUGGGUCCAUUAUCCUGAUGUGGAAAGAGUGGAGUGGCUGAAUAAGACAGUGAAGCAGAUGUGGCCGUUCAUCUGCCAGUUUGUGGACAAGCUGUUUAGAGACACCAUCGAGCCGGCGGUGCAGAGCGCCAACCCUUACCUUGGCUCCUUCUGCUUCAGCAAGAUCGACAUGGGCGACAAGCCACUGAGAGUCAACGGGGUGAAAGUUUACACAGAGAACGUGGACAAGAGGCAGGUGAUCAUGGACCUGCAAAUCAGUUUUGUCGGGAAUACAGAGAUUGACGUAGACAUCAAGAAGUAUUACUGCAGAGCUGGAAUAAAGAGUAUACAGGCACUGUUGUACAGUCUGAUGGCUGUAGGUCCAAAGGAGUCCCUGGACCUCUCCGUUUUGCACCUGGGGAGAACCUCCAGGAACAGAUCCCAGUUUGUGGAUUGGAAACAGAUCUCCACCACGCAGUCCGCUCUUUUCCCCCUCCGACGCCUCCGUAACUUUGUCAGGACAUCCGUCGGUAGAGGCCUGGUGUGGGCCCGCCACUUCAGUAGCUCUUCCCUCGUAAAGUUGAGCCUUAUCGUGACAGUCCAAGUCCAGUAG